AUCAGUAUACUUUUAUCUAACUAAACAAUAUUGGAUAAUGACAACGACACACAAAAUAACUUAGUUAAAAUAUUUUCGUUUCUCCAUUCAUAGCUUACAGCUAUAAAAUGGCAGUGAUUCGACAAACAAGCUAUAACUCCGAUGUUAAUAAAUUACGAAAAAAAUUACAAAAUUAUUGGGGUAGUAUACACACUGUACAAAUAUAUAGAAAAUAUAAGGAAAACUUGGGUAUUACUGCAGUUGAAGGAAAGGUUAAAUUAGAAACAUCGUACGGUAUAUACUCAGAAGAUAUUUUGGGUAUAUUUAUAAAAACUGUUUUAUCAAAUAGCUGUGCAGAAAAAACAGGAAAAUUUAAAACAGGCGACAGAAUAUUGGAAAUAAAUGGAGUUGACUUGAAGGAAGCUAGUAACGAGCAAAUUUUAAAUCUAAUUGGAAAUUCCGAAAAUCCCAUUUCAUUUGUUGUACAGUCACUUUUACCACCUUUCAUGUUUCCUGAUGUACAGUCAGCUACAACGAUAGAAUCUGUAAAAAUAGACAAAGAGAUAACAGAGAAGAAAGAAACAGAAUAUCAUGAAAAUCAUAAGCAGACUCAACCAUUAUCCGACUCAGAAAGUGAUGAUGACGAAGAGGACGUUCGAGAAAUGGAGGGCAGAACCAUGACCGCCAAGGGAUAUAUGAUCGAUAGGGCCAGUGCUGGAAACGUUAAAAGAACUCAGGAUGAGAUACUGAAUGAUUCGGAAGAAGAUUUGUUUGGAUAUACAAUGGGUAAAAUAAAAAAGAAAUAUUUCAGUGUAAGUCAUAACAUCGUUACUGUACAAUUGGAACGGUAUUCUCAGGAUAUAGGCAUCAGUUUAGCUGGCCAUAAAGACAGAAAUUGUAUGGCCGUUUUUGUUUGCGGUCUUAAUCCACAGGGAUCUGCCUACAAAUCAGGGGAAAUUAAAGUUGGUGAUGAAAUUCUGGAGAUAAAUGGUGUCGUACUGCAAGGCCGUUGCCAUCUUAAUGCCUCCACUAUAAUAAAAGGACUCCCAGGACCAAUAUUUAAAAUAAUUUUAUUAAGAAAAAAAACUGGAAUCGACGAUAUAGCUGUUAAGCCUAUCACACAAUUUCCUAUUGCAGAUAUCGAUGCGGUAUCCGAGGAAUAUUUUAACGAUAAAUUUCCCAACGUUCGUACAGUUGUUCUAAGAAAGGAACCCACCCAUAGUCUAGGAAUAAUGAUAAUAGAAGGAAAACAUUCUGGAGUUGGCAAGGGAAUAUUUAUUUCUGACAUUCAAGAGGGUGGUACUGCUGAAAAGGCUGGUCUCGGAAUUGGUGAAAUGAUAUUAGCAGUGAAUAAGGAUUCUCUUAUAGGCGUAACAUAUGAAGAUGCAGCAAGUUUGCUCAAAAAUGUAAAUGGAGUCGUAACAUUAAUUGUAUCAAAUCCUGAAAAGAAGGAGGAUAAGCUACUUUCUACUUCUUCAUCUGCAGUUGAAUGUGAUGAUAAAAGUAACAAAAAUAUAACUGUACCAAAGGCAGCUGUACCCGCCUCUCGAUCACCAACUCCAACUAAGGAUCCAGCUGCAGAUCCUUUAGUUGCUACAAUAUCUGAAGGUAAAGAAGUAACUAUAGAACUUGUGACAGAGAAUCAACUGUUGGGAAUUUUCUUUGUGGGAAAAGGAGAUAAUUUUACUAGUGGAUAUGGAGUGAUCCUAAUUGAAAUAUACCAAAAAGGUUUAGCCGAUAAAGACCAAAGAUUGCAGCCAGGAGAUAUGAUAAUGGAAGUAAAUGGUAUAUCUCUACGCGAGGUAACUUUUACAACAGCAUCACAAGCUUUACGUGAAACAGGACCUAAGGUAAGACUAACUGUCUACCGACCACUUCAAUCUGAUUACACUUCUAUUGAAAUAAAUUUAACCAAGAAGCCAGGAAGGGGUUUGGGAUUAAGUGUAGUUGGUAGAAAAUGUCUUAAAGGCGUUUACGUGACAGAAAUAAUGAACGGUGGUACGGCAGAGUUGGAUGGUGGACUUAUGAAGGGUGAUAUAAUUACUGCAGUGGAUGACAAAGAUCUCGAAAAUUGUAGUGAAGAAGAAGCGACUGUAAUAUUAAAAACUGUAACAGGCAACGUUCGACUGAAAAUUAAUCGAUGCAAGUUUAUAUCAAAAUAAAUUUUCUAUUUAUUUCUACGACGUCGUCGUGAAAGUGUUUUUAAGGGUCUAAUUUUUAUACUAAAAUUAAAAUUAUUCUUGCUUAAAUAUUUUAUGAAAUAAUUUCAACGAAUGUGUCAUUUACAAAGGUUAUAUCUCUGUAUAUAAUAUCGACAUACUUGUAAUUUCUGACAAACAAAUAUACAUUUUCUCUUUAAAAAUAUACAGUUAAGGUUUUUCGCGUAGCCUUUUUUCAGUGGUAAAGCAUUGUUGUAUUUUAGGCAUAUCAAGAAUUUUGAUCAAAUAAAAGGCAGAUAUCGAUCACAGUUUUAUUAAUUAAAUCUUGCCCAAGUACUUUCGCUUCCCAGAGCAUCUUUAGGGGCAUUUCGUCAAUUUUGGCCUAUGCAACAAUGGUAUAAAGAUAAAAUUCUUAAUCAUACAGAGAAUCCCUCUAUGGUUUCCGAACAUAAUGUAGCUUCGCCUAUUUUAAAAUUUUUUAAAAUCCCUAAAGUGUUUGUCCUUUUAUACUAUAAUGUGAUAACUAAUUUUAUAAUUAUAACAUUCUAUUUUUGUUGGAUAGGAUAAGUUGACGAAAUGCCCC